AUGUCAUCUGAAACUAUUGAAAUUGAGCAGAAUGAAACUGAGGUUACCAUCGAGAAUGCUAAAUCUUUCUUACCAAGGUUACCAUUGUCGAAAGCUAAAAAGAUAGCCAAGAUGGAUUCUGAAUAUUUGUUAACUGCGAACGCUGCAAUGGUGGCUACUACCUUUGCUACAGAAUUGUUUGUCCAAUCGUUAGUAGAGAGUGCAUUGGCUAUGAAUCAAUUAAAUCGUAAUAAUAAGAACAAGACCGAUCCUCAAAAGGUUAAAAGCGCAAGAUUAACAUAUAAUGAUUUAGCAGAAUCUGUAUUAAGAAAAGAGUGUUUCCAAUUCCUGGAAGAUGUAAUACCGAAAGUACAACCACAAUCAAACUCGAAGAAAAAUGUACAGACUGUCAAUAAAAGUAUGCCUACCAAAAAUGAAGAGGAAAAUGAAGAAGAGAAUAAUAUUACAAAUGAUGAUGAUGAUGAACCCCCACAAGAACCUAGAGCAAACACUACGGCUGAAAUAAAUGAACAAAAUACAACGAAUAAACAGCACACUUUAUCAUUUUUUAAGAAAUAUCAGUAUAAUUCGAACGAUAAAGAGGUUGAUACAAGAACUGAAAAUAUUGAAGAAGAAGAACAGGAAAAUGAUAUAGAAAUGCUGGAUGCGUUUCCAAUUAACCAAGAUGAGGAUGAGGAUGAGGAUGAGGAUGAGAACGUUGAAGAGCAUAGUGCAGUCGAUUCAGAACUUCAAAAACAUUUAUCUCAGGUAGAACAAUUGGAUCAUGUGGUUGACGUUGAUGACGAAACAGACAAAGCCUCAAGAAUGAAAGAGCGUAUGGCACUGAACAGAAACCAGGAAGACAAUAACGACGAAUUGAAUUCCUCGGACAGUGAGAGUGACACAGAUCUGAUUUCUAAAUAG